AUGGAAUCAGCAAAUACAGGAUAUAGUAAUGAAACCACUAAUAAUAGACAGUUUAAUGGUGAAUUAGUUUCAGGGAUUGAUACUGAUAAUUCUGCUUCCUCAGAUGAGCUAUCCCAUCAACUAGCUAUGGUAGAAGAGGAAGAAGAAGAAGAAGAAGAAGAAGAAGAAGAAGAAGAAGAAGAAGAAGAAGAAGAAGAAGAGGACGACGAUGAGAUUGAUAAUGAUACAGAAGGCGUUGAUAAAAUAAAUUCUGCUUAUCAUAUAGGCUCAAUUAUCAAAGCUAUCGGUGGCCAAACUUUUGAAGUAAUCAAUGAAAAAUCUGCUCCGAAGGAAGUACAAGAACAAUUUAAUAAAUUAUUAAGAAAAUCAAGAUGGGGCCAAUAUUUCACUAAAUUUUUAACAAAAUAUACUCUAGAUUCUCCUAGUAACAUUUCUCCUAUAAAUACCCAAGCAAACCCUAUUUCUCUUGGAUCAGAAACAGAUACAUGUAUAUCAACUACUAGCAGCUCGAUACAUAAUUUAUCGACUAAUCCAUCCAGUGUAUCUACAAAUUGCCUAUCAAAUUCGAAGGGGAAGACUAUAUUUGAUCUUUAUAAAUAUACCGUCUUCUUCCAAUGUAAUUCUUGUAUGACACCUGUAAAACUAUACGGAAAUUCUACAGGUAAUUUACCAAGACACAUUAAAAGUCAUUCAAAAGCAAUUAGGAGAUAUAUUUCCAAGAAAGGCAAAACCCCUAAAUUAAUUAAGAUUAUUGAUAAUAAUAAUAAUGAAUUAAUACCGCCUCCAACUGAUACCACAUCAACUUUUCAAGUAACUGUCCAACAACAAUUUAACAAUAUUAAUAAUGAAACGAAUUCAAAUCCCCUGCAAAACGCUAAUGAUUUCUUUAAGGAUAUUUCAAUUGACUCUUUAGAGUUGUUAAAGAGGAAAAGUGAUACCAAACUGGAUACAGAUUCAACUUCUAAUACCAAUAUAGACCCUAAUAAUGGUAAUAUUAUUAAUAUUAAUAACAACUCUAAUCUAGUCAAUAGUAACAACUCAAUUUCCAAUAUGGAUAUAAAUACUAAUUCACAGGAAAGUAUACCUACUAGCAAAACUUUCGAAGUUGGAAAUGAUGUAGAAUCCUUGAUUCAACUACAUAUUGUUUCAUUUAAUCAGUUAAUUUUCCAUAUGAGAUAUAACUUACCACUGAAUUCAGUAUCUGAUCCAAUUUAUAACAAAGCUAUGAUAUCAAAUAGUAACCUCGAUUCAACAAGUAAUAUAUCACCCAUUGAUGUAGGGCUUCAUUUAAAUGAAAUGCUACAGCGAAAACUUUAUAAAAUAUUAGAAGAUGCUUAUGGAAUAUGUUUAACAAUUGGCCAUCACGUAUAUUCUCUACCUGAUUCAACAGAUAGAUUAUUAACUAUUAUUGCAAAUUUUGUUCCAAAUAGUAAUUAUAUCCAAUUUAUGAAAUUUGAUAACAAAGCAAUGGAUGCAAUUGUAAACAAUUAUAACCAACUUCAAUGUAAAACGGUGCUGGGCUUACUUCCAAUGGAUAAUUCAAAUAAUUUAAAAAUUUCAAUUUUAAAGUUAUUAGAGAAAUAUAAUAUCCAAAAUAAAAUUUUAUCGAUUACAACUGAUAAAGAUCUUUUAAAUUCUAAUCUCAUACGCCAUCUGUCAAAUAAUUUAAAAAAUAUUGGCAGUACUCUAUUUACAGUUAAUUCAAUAACAAAUAUUUUGGAGAACAUAUUAUUACCAUUUUUAGAUUAUAUUAAAAAUUUAAAUGAUCAGAAUAAAAUGCUUUUCACUAAACUAAAGGACUUUAUGACGUUUAUUUACCGAACUGAUUUUACAUCAACCAAAGAGUUUCUAGACCCAACCUCUAAAAAAUUAGAACCUCAUGAAAUAAUUACCCCAUAUAAUCCAGUGCAUUGGAUCUCUGAAUUUAGGAUGAUUUUAACCUUUAACAACCAAUAUAAGAAUAUUAAGCCAUAUUUAAAAUCUAAAAUGAAAAACCAACAGAAUGAUACCCCAAACCCAGAAAAUGUUUCAUCUAAGACAUCAAAUAACAAUACUAGUAUUAUUAAUUUACAAUCUGAAGGUUUGAAUGAUCCCCAUCAAUUUUCUAUUAAUGAACUCAAUUUUAUAAGAGAUAUUGCAAAUAGUAUUUCAGAAUUAGUUACGGUCUAUUCAAUGGCAGAAAAUGACUCUUUCAAUUCAACUAUAUUUUAUUUAUUUUUUGUGAAACGUGUCAAGAAAUCAUUUGAAAAAUCUGAAAAUAUAAUAAAACAAUGUGAUCAGUAUUCCUAUCAUCAAAUUAUUAUUGCAGAAGCUAUAUUAUCGAAGAAAAAUUAUUUCAAUAAUGUUUUAAAUGAAAUUAAAGAUUCAAUACACUUCUAUAUUUUGGAUUUUUUGACGCCGUUUUCAAAAUUACAAGAAAUGAAUACUUUAUUUCCAGGAAGAAAUAUUUUGAAUAAUAGAUAUCAUAAAAAUAAUAAUGAUUCAAACAUUAAUCUUAUAGAUAAAAAUGAUAUUAUCAAGUAUUUAAAAUAUUAUAUCGAUAUGGAUUAUAAUGGUGGGUUAGGGAAUGGCAAUAUCGAUGAAACAAAAGUCCUUAUAAAUGAGAUUGACACUAAAUUAACAAAAAGAUAUAAGGAGAUAAAAUUAUAUUUAGCUGAGGAUCAACUACCAAUACCAUCUAAUAUUAAUGAAUAUGCUAAUACAUACAGUAAUUUUUGGAUUACUAACAGGAGUAGAUUCCCUAUACUGUCAAAAUUAGCCUUAUCAUUAUCUUUUUCAAAAUCAUCUACCAUUGAUAUUAGAAAAUUUGCAUUUCAAUCCAAUGAUCUAAUCAGAAACCAUUUUACUUCCACAAGACCUAUAGAAUCUAAUUCCUUAGAUAUUUUAUUAGCGAUGAAAAAUUAUUCUUCUUUUUUUCUAUCAUUAAUGAUCCAACAGAUACAAUCAAUGACCCAAAUUAUAUGA